AUGGCCGAUCUGAUCCUCCCAGCUCGCGCGGGCCCUGCUCUGUAUAGCAAAUCUUCGAAAUCGCCGGUCAAAUCCAAUACGAAAGCGAAACGACCGCCAGCGUCCUCGGUUCCUGUCGUCAAUACUCUACAAAAGGCCAUUAAACAAGCCAACGAUACAUGGCAGUGGUGUAAAGAUGGCUUAACAGAAGACCAGCGCCUAAAGAUACAACAGUUGGAAGAGAGGAAGCGGACGCUAUGCUCGCGCAUGCAAAAUGCCGAAUCUCACGCGAACUGGGAGUCCGCUGCGAAAGAGCUCGAUAGCCUCGAAGGCAACGAUGAAUGGAAGCGCGAUUCGUCUUCAGGCGACUACAACCCGGAACUGAUCCAAGAAAGACUCGAAGCCCUCGAUGAAGCCCGGACGAAAUGCGACGUCCAUACAAUGAUGCAUUUGAUUCGCACCGCCUUGUCUCGCGACCUCGGCGGUAUGGAUAAUGUCGACCUCUACCGACAUUCAUAUUCCGGAACAAAACACCUAAUCGAACGAUACGUUGAGUCUACUGUAAAAACCAUUGAUGCUGUGGUUACCCAAAGCAGGAUAGACCAGAGCAUUGAGAACAGGGACCUGCUCGAUGGGAUUCUGUUUGCGAGACAAAGCUACGGCCGAAGCGCCUUGCUCCUGUCUGGCGGUGGAACCUUUGGCAUGUCCCAUAUCGGUGUGCUGAAGGCUCUUUUCGAAGCGAAAUUGCUGCCAAGAAUCAUUUCGGGCGCGAGCGCAGGCAGUAUUGUUUGCGCCGCCAUGUGCACACGAACCGACGAAGAGAUACCAACACUUAUUGAAGAGUUUCCCUAUGGAGAUCUUGCGGUGUUUGAGGACCCCAGUGGGCAAGAUGGUGUUUGGAGUAACUUGCGCCGGCUGUUGACGGAGGGAAGUUGGUCUGACAUUAAACAUCUCACUCGGGUCAUGAGGGGAUUGAUGGGAGACAUGACAUUUCAAGAAGCUUACAACAGGACGCGCCGCAUUCUCAAUAUCUGCGUUUCAACAGCGUCUAUGUACGAGUUACCACGUCUACUCAACUACGUCACUGCCCCAAAUGUCAUGAUCUGGUCUGCGGUCGCAGCUUCAUGCUCUGUUCCUCUUGUCUUUAAUGCUGCGCCAUUGCUUGUCAAAGAUCCGAUCACCGGUGAGCAUUUACCAUGGAACCCAACACCUCAGCGAUGGAUUGACGGGUCCGUGGACAAUGACUUGCCGAUGACACGGUUGUCGGAGAUGUUCAACGUCAAUCAUUUCAUCGUUUCUCAAGUGAACCCCCACGUCGUGCCCUUUCUUUCGAAAGACGACCACUUAUCGCCCUUCCGGAAGCCUGAACUUAGUCAACAGACAAACGCCGAGGGGUAUGACUGGCUGUACACGAUGACAUCGCUUGCACGCGAUGAGGCUUUACACCGUCUCCAUUUUCUGGCCGAGCUUGGUAUCAUGCCGAAUCUUGCUACCAAAUUCCAGAGUGUACUCAGCCAGAAAUAUUCUGGCGACAUCAACAUCCUCCCCGACAUGGGAAUAAAUGACCUGCCUCGCUUACUGCGAAAUCCCAGUCCCGAGUUCAUGAUGCGAGCAUGUCUCAUGGGUGAGCGGGCUACAUGGCCCAAACUAAGCCGAGUGCGAGACCGAUGCGCCAUUGAGCUGGCCUUGGAUCGAGCUGUGCAUAGACUUCGAGCUCGAGUGGUCUUUUCAGAAAGCCAACGGGAUCUUCGACGAUUGAAUGUCACUGCUGGUAAUAUUCCACUGAAAUUGCCAGUCAGAGUCAAUCAUGGGCAGACAGUGGUUGAGUCGCCAAUUGAGGCAAAGAACCAAAAGCGGCAUCGUCGCAAGUCCGUGAGCAGUCUGCACGUCGCACCCAGACAAUGGCUGCUACUCGAUACGAACACCAUUACAGAUGACGAGACUGAGCAAGAAGAGCGCGUAGAGAUGGAGUCUCGCCGCCGCGCUGGAUCUCCAGUCGCACAGCGCAAACCUCGUCUCAAGCGAGCAGCGCGGUCUCAGAUUCACAUCCACACCCGAGCUGCUCUCUCGGCCGUCGUUGACACUGAAGAAGCGACCCCAACAUUUAAUUUUUCGAAGCCAAUUACUCCGCCGUUGAAGAGUCCACAGGGUAGCGAGUCACAGGCAGUCUCCGAAGGGUCGGGACGAGCGACGCCAGAGGCUAUACCACUAGGCAACGUUACCUCUGCAACAGAGGAAGCAGAAACAAGUGAAGCGUUCCAUUCGAGCGACCAUCAAGAUGAUACAGAUGCAAGCGACCCAGAUCCAUACGAUGUUCCCCAGUUUUCACAUAGCCCAGAUAAGGCAGACGAGCCUGAUCGUCGGCAAGAAGCAAGAGUAGGCUGGAUGCUCUGGGAUUAG